GGUUUGUGGCCGCGCGGGCAUCGUCUUAGGGGCCCUACAGCACCAGCCAGCCUUAUCGUUUUUCUCCGGAUUUCUUUCGUUGGGUUUUUUGUUGCUUGUCGCUCUUUCGUGCUGCAGAAAAUGUCUGCAACGCAGUUACUCAAUCCCAAGGCCGAGUCGAGGCGGAGAGCGGAGGCCUUGAAGGUCAACAUCAGCGCCGGUGAGGGUCUUCAGGAUGUCUUGAAGUCCAACUUGGGUCCCUCGGGUACCCUGAAGAUGUUGGUGGAUGGUGCAGGCGGAAUCAAGUUGACUAAAGAUGGAAAUGUUCUGCUGCGUGAGAUGCAAAUCCAAAACCCCACGGCUGUUAUGAUUGCCCGGGCUGCAACGGCACAGGAUGAUAUUACCGGUGAUGGAACGACAUCUGUCGUCCUGUUGGUGGGUGAGCUUCUGAAGCAGGCAAAUCGACACAUCUCCGAGGGUCUGCACCCUCGUGUUAUCACGGAUGGUUAUGAGAUUGCGAAGAACGAGUCUCUGAAGUUCCUCGAGCAAUUCAAGCUUGAACGGACAGUCGACCGUGAACUCCUCCUUUCCGUCGCGCGGACGUCGCUCAGCACGAAGUUGAACAGCGCUCUGGCCGAGAAGCUUACGCCUGAUAUCGUCGACGCCGUCCUUGCCAUCCACAGAGCUCCCGAGAAGCCCGAUCUACACAUGAUUGAGAUCAUGACCAUGCAACAUCGCACGUCCUCUGACACCAGACUGAUCCGUGGUCUUGCUCUUGACCACGGUGCCAGACACCCCGACAUGCCCAAGCGUGUGGAGAACGCGUUCAUCCUGACCCUGAACGUGAGUCUGGAAUACGAAAAGUCUGAGAUCAACUCUGGCUUCUACUACUCUUCUGCCGAACAGAGGGAUAAGUUGGUGGAGAGUGAACGCAAGUUCGUCGAUGCUAAGCUGAAGAAGAUCGUGGAGCUCAAGCAACAAGUCUGCGGUACCGACCCCAACAAGAGCUUCGUUGUUAUUAACCAGAAGGGUAUUGACCCCCUGAGCUUGGAUGUUCUUGUCAAGAAUGGCAUUCUCGCUCUCCGGAGAGCUAAGCGGAGGAACAUGGAGCGUCUUCAACUUAUCUGCGGUGGUACUGCACAGAACAGUGUUGAGGACUUGACCCCCGAUGUUCUUGGAUGGGCUGGCUUGGUUUACGAGCACCAGCUCGGCGAGGAGAAGUUCACUUUCGUUGAGGAAGUCAAGGACCCCAAGUCCGUCACUAUCCUCAUCAAGGGACCCAACCAGCACACCAUCGCACAGGUGAAGGAUGCCGUUCGCGACGGUCUGCGGUCCGUCUACAACACCAUCGUCGACAACUGUGUCAUCCCCGGUGCUGGUAGCUUCCAGGUGGCCUGUGCAGCACACCUCACUUCCGAGGCCUUCCGCAAGACUGUCAAGGGCAAGGCCAAGUGGGGUGUUCAGGCUUUCGCCGACGCCCUUCUCAUCAUCCCCAAGACCCUCGCGGCCAACUCUGGCCAUGAUGUCCAGGACUCAUUGGCGGCUCUGCAAGACGAGCAGUCGAACGGCAACACCGUCGGUCUGGACCUGACCACUGGUGAGCCGAUGGACCCCAUCCAGGAAGGUGUCUUCGACUCUUUCCGUGUGCUACGUAACUGCGUCGCUUCAAGCACGGGUAUUGCCUCGAACCUCCUGCUCUGCGAUGAGCUGCUCAAGGCCAGACAAAUGGGCCGACAGGGAGGACCUGGCGGUAUGGAUGAGUAAUGUGAUGGCUACGUCUAAGGCGAGUUAUUGUAAAGCGAGAACAUCAGGUUCUUCCAUAUUCGGAAUGCCGGUAUAGAAAAAUAUCCUACGUCGAAAAUUGUACUUCACAUACUUACGUAUCCUAAUCGAUUUUAAUCCAUGAGGGAAUUAAUCGUGUUUCAAA